AUGGCGCGAUUACGUGUGUUUUUUCUCAUCCUACUUAUGGCGUUUGUGGUGGUGGUGGCGGUGGCGGAGGCAACUGCCAAAAAGCCAAAGAAAGUGAAGUGCCAAGAUAAGAACUACCCUGCCUGUUAUCAUCAAAACCUUUACUGCCCAGAUUCUUGCCUCAGAACUUGCGUUGUGGACUGUGUCUCAUGUCAGCCCGUUUGCACAACGCCACCCCCACCCCCACGUCCUCGAACCCCUUCUCCUCCAGGCAUUCCCACUCCUCCUACUUGGCACUCUCCUCCGCCACCCGCCUCCAGUGGGCCUUCAUCAGAUUCAGCACCAAAAAGAGUUAGGUGCAAGAACAAAUACUAUCCUCAUUGCUACUUCCAGGAGCUUAUCUGUCCUAGUUCCUGCCCUGAACAAUGUGACGUUGAUUGUGUCACAUGUAGCCCUGUUUGCAAUUGCAACCGACCAGGAGCUGUUUGCCAAGACCCUCGAUUCGUCGGCGGAGAUGGAAUCACGUUCUACUUCCACGGCAAAAAAGACCGAGACUUUUGCCUGGUCUCCGAUUCUAACCUACACAUCAAUGCACACUUCAUUGGUCGCCGCAAUGAGAACAUGAAGAGGGACUUCACUUGGGUCCAAUCUCUAGGAAUUCUCUUUGAUACUCACACGCUCUUCAUUGGCGCCAAGGAAGCAUCCUUUUGGGACAAUUCAAAUGACCGCCUAUCACUCGCCUUCAAUGGAGAACCCAUUUUCCUCCCAGACGGCGAAGGCAACCAGUGGCAGUCCUCUGAAUCUCCAAGCGUAACCAUCACGAGGUCUCGCAACACUAAUAAUGUAGACAUCGAAGUGGAAAACCUGUUCAAGAUCAAAGCAACAGUGGUUCCAAUAACACAGAAAGAUUCACGAGUGCAUAAUUACGGCAUAACUCAGGAGAAUUGCUUCGCCCAUCUUGACUUAAGCUUCAAGUUUUACGCCUUGAGUGGCGAUGUUAAUGGCAUUUUAGGGCAAACUUACGCGAGUAAUUACUUGAGCAGAGCUAAAAUGGGCGUGGAUAUGCCUGUCUUGGGCGGUGAAAAGGAGUUUGCAUCGUCAAGUCUCUUUAGUACUGAUUGCGGCGCUGCUCGAUUUGUUGCUGCUAAGUUUGCCUUGAGCAAUUCUUCCCAAACUUAUAUUGAGUACGCGAACUUGAACUGCGCUAGUCCAAUCGACGGCGGUGGAGUUGUCUGCAAGAGAUAG